AUGGAGCCUCUGUGUGAAGAGUACCUGACACAUGACGGAACACUAGUCAAGCCUUACUGCUGGCUAAGCUUCUCUGGAGUCACUAACUGCCCUUACCACACGCGGACAGGCGAAGAGGCGGGAGUGUCCGACACAGAAUUUCAUCACAUUUUUGGAUUCCCAUGGUCUACGUACCCUCAAACAAAGCACCUCGCGUUUUAUGAGCUGAGAAGUUCCUCUGGGAACCUGACCAAAGGCCAUGUUAGUAACUGCACUGGGACUCACACCCACCCAGAGUCAAAGCUCUACGAGAGGAAUGGCUACCUCGACUCAUCCGUGGCCUGUCACGGCAACAUUAGACACAGCCAUCUGUAUUCCAGCUACUCCCCUUGUGAUGAGGAGGAGCACUGCUGCAGCAGCAAAACGCACAGCUCCCUGAUGAUGCAUCCAGACGUCACUUUUAGCAUUUUUUCCCCUCAUCUCUAUCAUGCUGAGAAUCAACUUUCUACAUCAGCACAGAACCGUGAGGCUCUUCGGAGCCUGGCCAGCUUAUGGCCUCAGGUCACUUUGUGUCCAAUAAGUGCUGCCAUUUGGCAUUUUGUUCUUGAAAAUUUUGUUAGCAGUGUCUCAGGACUAACUGGUCCCCCACCCUUUACAGCUGACAGGUACAAUGCUUGUAAAGUAAACUGCAUAACAGGGGUGAAGCCAGACUUUACUGAUGUACUACAGAGCCGGCAGAAAGAAUCAGAACAUAAAAUCUCGGGCAGCUUUGAAACCACCCCCUUAAACCACGCUGUUCCUGGACAACAGCAACCCAACCUGAGUCAGGACCCCAAGACUCCUGUCAUUUUCAUGGCGGUGUCUUACAGAGAUCUACCUCCAGUCCAUGUGGGUCAAAGCCCACAGAAACCCAGGAACAUAGUGAGGCACUUGAAUUUGCCUCAGCUGUCAUCCUUCAAGGCCAAAUACCUCGGAAAACCUCCCUCGGGCAGGCCAGUGGAGGUAGUGGAAGCCACAAAUGGGUCUGCAAGCAGCAAAGAGGAAAAGAAAAAAACAAAAAGAAAUGGGAGACAUAGACGCUAUCUUCUCAAGCCAAACAUUUACCAAAGAAUGUACUAG